CUACAAGACACGAGGUUUUAUGUUAUUUCACUUUCAAAAUCCUUUUUUCUCUCUUCAUUAACUCCUCUUUGGAAGACAGAUGAGAGAGAGAAACAAACACAGUGUCAGUUUAUAUCAGGGCAACUUCUGCAUAUAAAAACAACAUUUUACUAUAUGUUAUAUUCUUAGAAUAAGGUGGAAGAGAGAAUAAUACACUUCUAGUUUUACUAAGAAUAAAGCAUGGAGGUUAGAAGAGUUGGAAGAUCAUCAAUAAGUGGGAGGUCAGAAGUUAGUGCAAUUAGUGUAACUUUAGAGAGAGACAAAUUAGCAACAAAUGCUAAAAUUAGUUGUCAUGGAAAACUUCAUCAUGAACAACAACAGCAGCAACAACAAGAACAACAACAACAACAGCAGCAACAACACCCAAAAAAUAGAUCAAUGAAGAUGUUCAACAAGGUUCAAGUUGUGUAUUAUCUUACUCGAAAUGGCCAACUUGAACACCCUCACUUCAUUGAGGUUUCCCACUUAGUAACUCAACCUCUUCGCCUCAAAGAUGUUAUAGACAGACUAAUGGUGCUACGAGGAAAAGCUAUGCCUUGUCAAUAUUCAUGGUCUUGUAAAAGGAGCUAUAAGAAUGGAUAUGUAUGGAAUGACAUGACGGAGAAUGAUGUCGUAUAUGCUUCGGAGGGGUCAGAAUAUGUACUCAAAGGCUCUGAAAUCAUACCCGAGAGAGACUUCUCUGAAAUCAGAUUAGACGAGUUACAAAUUAAAAGGAGGCAACAGCAAAAAGGUGAUCAUACGAAAACUACUGGAUUGACGAACAAAUCAAUUAGCACAAAUCAAGGGCAAAAUUAUAGCCAAGUAGCAGUGGCUAGGCAUCCCGAACAAAAUGACAAUAACGAGGAUGACGAAGAAGAGAAGGGAAGUUGCAAUAGCUCAAAUGCACCUUACCCAAACCCAACAAUGGAAAUGGAACAAGAAGAGUCCUACUCCUUGCCCUCCACCUCAUCCACAAACUCAGACAAACAGCCGCCACCGCCACCACAACCACCAUCAGUACCACCAACGCAAUCAGCGAAAACUAACAGAAUAAUAGAGGAGGACGGGAACCCAACUGUUUCCACCUCCUUGACUCGAAAUAGUACAGUUCUCCUCCACCUGAUUGCAUGUGGAGGAGGUGCAAUUGGGGAUCCUCAGGUCAAGGACAAGGGAAAGGGCAGCAGCAGCAACAGAAACUUCAACUUCAGCAUGAAGAAUAGUUUCAUACCGUGCUUGAAACAGCAGCUGAGUACUAGAGGUUCGAGUACGAAUAGUAAUAAUGUGAUUCCCUUAAGAGUAAAAGGAGUAGGAGCAGAAGAAGAUGAACGACAUAAUAAUGAUCAUAAUCAAGUAGUGAAUAAGGAAGAAUAUGAUGAAGAUAUGAUGAUGGUAAGGUUUAUGUCUGAGAAUCCUCGAUUUGGAAAUUUACAAUCAGAAGAUAAGGAAUACUUCAGUGGCACCAUCGUCGAGGCCAUGGCUCAUCAUCAGCACACUGGUUCCUCGGCUUCUGCCUCCGGUCACCCUUACCUUCAUCCUCAGACUCCUGUCUUCACUAAGUCAUCCUCCUAUAACGAGCAAAGGAGUUCCAAGGCUGGGCUAGCAGCAGCAUCAACAACCCAACAGCAUGAAGAUGAUGAGAAAGAAGACACGAAAUUCAAAGGAAUUUUCAGAUUAUGUAUUCCUCAAAAGAGAAGUCAACUCUCUACAUCCACCAAGCUUACUUGAUAAGUUAUGAGCUUAUAGAUCUUUUCCCCCCUUCAUUGUCGAGGAUUAAGUGUAAUCGGAGUCCCUUAACUCUCGGUGUAGCAGCUGUAAUAUAAUGAAAAGUAUUCAACAUUAGUUUGCUCAUGAAAGAGCAAAACAAGAAACAUUUCCAAGCAUAGAUUAAUACAUGAUCUGAGAGAUAUCUGCCUUACUGCUAGGAUGAGAAAUUGUUGCUCAAUAGUCAGUACUAUCGGCCUUUGAGUUGCUCGA